GGCGAGAAAUCUCCCGGCCGCUCCACGAGCCGUUCGAGUAACAUCUCCAAGGCGAGCAGCCCCACGUCGCUGACUGUCCCACGCAGUGCCUCUCGCGCAUCUGUCAGCCCUUCCAACCAGGACAUCUGCAGAUGAAGUGGGUUUAUAUGCAGGAAAAGUCAUGCAGUCUCAGGCCAUUUUCCCAGCGAACGCUGUGAUGCAAAAACCAAAAGCUUCAAAAAAGAAGCAAAAGGAGAGUGUUGAGAUGGUAAAUGUUAGAAGCAGUUCUAAAACGACAUCGGAGUGUCGCAGUGACACCCGCAAGCAGUCUCCUGCAUUCAUCUCAGAAACCUCACUGUGUGCAAAUGGCAACGCUUUAGAAACAUCAAAGCGUUCUCGCCAAAAGAAGUCAGAGGAAAAGGACAAAAAGCCACAGGUACGCAAAUCCUCCGGGCAAAGCGCAUUGCCACAAAUUGCAAAAGGGGACAAACGGCAGAAAGCAGAUCGGCAGCGGGCGGCCGUCGGGGGUUUCUGCGACUCCUCAACGUCGUCCUCCUGCGAUCACGAGCCGAAGAGGUCGUCCAGAGAGACGCGGAGGAAACGGCCGAGCUCUCAGCGGGGCAGCGGAACGUCCUCGGAGCGUGGCACACAGACGAGCGUGGUCAUUCGGGAAACCCCCGUGCGGCCCGUCAUCAAACGUCCGGUGGCCGGGGCGUCGCCCGUCUCGGCAGGCACCCGCAGUGGGUCGAGCAGCCUGUUUCACGCAAGCAGAGCCAACUCGCAUCAACGCAUCACGCACGUGGAACCAAUCCAAGUGAAGCCGGCUGCCACCUUGCGUAAGCAGUCCUCAAUGCUGACGCUAGAGAGCUUGGACUCGGAGUCGUCAGAAUCUCACGGUGUCGAAGAUGACUGCGCGAACACGGCUUUAAAUGCUGCGGCAAAUAGGGCAACGUACCGAGACGCAAAGAUAGGGUGUGUUACUCAGCCACGCGGCAGUGAGGCUAAACAAUUACAGAUCACUCCAAAAAACAUCCGGCGUAGCAGCAACAGCAGUGAUGAUGAUGAUGACGACGAUAGCGAAGACGACAAUGGCAGUGAAUAUGAAGGGAAACGCAGCAGUGACGAUGAUGUUUAUGAAGAAACGCCUGCGAUGGGGGUGCAAAGGAGGAAGCAGAGAAAAGCUGUUGCUGCCAAGGUCUCCGAGCAUUACGACGUGUCGAGCGGCAACUCCUUGACAAGUGGUCACUCGUUUCAACCGAGCAUCAGGAGGAAGUCCUCCACUGCCAGCUCUGGAGAUCUGUGCAGGAUCUGCCACUGCGAGGGUGAGGAGGAGAACGUGCUCAUCACGCCGUGCCACUGCACGGGCUCGCUACGCUUCGUGCACCAGAGCUGCCUCCAGCAGUGGAUCAAGAGCUCGGACACUCGCUGCUGCGAGCUGUGCAAGUAUGACUUCAUCAUGGAGAGCAAACUCAAGCCCCUGCGCAAGUGGGAGAAACUGCAGAUGACCACGAGUGAACGGCGAAAAAUAAUCUGCUCCGUCACAUUCCACAUUAUCGCCAUCACCUGUGUGGUGUGGUCACUGUACGUGCUCAUCGAUCGGACAGCGGAGGAGAUACGGCACGGGCAGGAGAACGGCAUCUUGGAAUGGCCGUUCUGGACCAAGCUGAUUGUGGUGGCCAUUGGGUUCACGGGAGGCCUCGUCUUCAUGUACGUGCAGUGCAAAGUGUACGUGCAGCUCUGGCGCCGCCUCAAAGCCUACAACAGGGUCAUCUUUGUGCAGAACUGCCCCGACACGGCACGCAAGAAGAGCCCAGACGACCGCACCAUCGCUCUCUUUGAGCGUGCGGGAUCAGAGCUCAAGGAGCCCGCCACCGUCGUCUACCAAUCAGAGACGAGCUUGCAAGGCCCCAGGGCAGAGGGCCUUCCCAUGUGAGGCAUCCACCACAUAAGUUGCCUGAUGCGGUGGUGACUUUUGUUUUUUGUCGAAAAUGUGUUUCCACGUCGAGCUUGGAAGGAGAGCGAAGUUUAUUAAUAGAUGUGUGUUCGAUUUUUAAAUGAAUGUGAGCGACUCUUUUUAUGGGUUUUUUUUAUUUAACUAUCAAGAAGAAGCCACAACGGAAAACACAUCACAAUGUCAGCACAGUGGUCUAAUAGGUCACAAGAAGGCAAUUGUGUUAUUAAGGCUACAUGGAAGUAUAGAGAGCUCUAAAGUGAGACGUUUAUUUCGCUGUACAUUUAUAUAUGCUGAUCAGGAAAUGCAGUGUUUGGCAAACCAUUGUGACUGUUGUCCCAGGACUCGGCUAUUUUUGAGGCCAAACAAGACCUAAUAUGGAGGGUCGAAUUUACACGAAGAUUGUGAGGGGGUGUGGCAAAUGUAGUGGGAAGUGAUGAGGGGCCUGUGAAGUGCAUUCAUGGAUUUUGUCCUGUAUGGAAUGAAUUUAAGGCUCUUCAGAUCUACAGCCGACCACAUUGUGAGUAAUGGACAUCUACUGGCACCAAGCAAAAGCAAGACAAGGAGCAUAUAUAUUUCCUUAGAAGUUAUGUUAAAGGCAUGACUUUGAAAUGAACACACGCAUACAUUUGUUAUUUGGAAUUAUGUGAAUGAGUCAAAGCUUGUACAGUUAACUUGAUUCAAAGCAUUUAAUGCUUUAAACAUUGUUUCAAUGUCUAGUGGCUUUUCUUGGUUUUGUACUGCUUAUAACAGUGGUCAAUCUAUCAUCAAAGUGAUGAACUUUACAUGAUUUCACAAAGCUAAAGUAGUUUCAUUGCAAUUUCUUUAACAUACCACAAACAAUCAAAAAAGACCACUCACCUUACUUUUUUCCAUCUUUUCAAUUUAUGCACUUUUAUCGCAUCAAAACAUUACAUGAAAUUAUUUUCGGUGGCUAAAUGUGUACAUUUGCAUUUUUGUUUAAUAUUACUGCAGUGUUUUAUAUUGUUUUACAACAAGACAGAGGCUUGUUCGUAGUAAAGAUGUUGUUAGGUUGUCUGCCGAUCUAAAACAAUAACAGUUCAAUAAUCCUAGCACUAUAUAAGAUGUCAACCUUUGCAUACAGUAAUUAUGUAAAAUGUGUACAUUUGAAAAAAAAAUCUACCCAAAUAUUUUAUUUAUUGCUUAGAAAAAGGCGUAAUUUACGUUGCUGAAAAUAAUAAACAUCUUAGGUUUGAUAUGUCCAAUCAAAUGUAUGAAAUCUUGACUUAAAGCUUUCGUGACUGCAGGAAUUCAUAUUCUUUGGGUUUUUCGGUAAAGUCGCGUAGAUAUCGAAAGACCCAAAGAAUACAAAUGUAUGAAACCAAGUUAUGCAUACACCGAGGUAUUCAUUCAGUUGGGUUUAUUUUGACUGUACGUGUUACUUUUGAGGGAAUGAAUUUAAAAUAAAUUUCCAGUUUUA